UACAACAAAACAAGAGUACAGCUUUCGAAGGGCAAGGUAAUUUGUUCAUUUUGCUACUAAUGCUCCCUUUCCCUGGCACCUCCACAAGCGCGACAGAGGACGCCCCUGAGGCCUCCUCUCGCCAGGGGCCGCUGUAGGAGAAGCCCGGCGCCCUUUCCUACGUUACUCUUUGACCCUGUGAAGCCGCUUCCCGGAGCUAAGAUGGCGGCGUCGGUGGCGGCCGCGGCCGUGCGGCUGCGGCCGGCCCUUGGAAGGUCGCUGUCAACCGCGCCCCCUCCAGCCUCGGCGUCGGCCGUGCGGGACGCCUUCCUGAGCUUCUUUCGGGACCGCCAUGGCCACCGUCUGGUGCCCUCCGCUUCUGUGCGGCCCCGAGGCGACCCCAGCUUGCUUUUCGUGAACGCGGGCAUGAACCAGUUCAAGCCAAUCUUCCUGGGCACCAUGGAUCCCCGAAGCGAGAUGGCAGGCUUCCGACGCGUGGCCAACAGUCAGAAGUGUGUGAGGGCCGGAGGCCGCCACAGUGACUUGGAGGAUGUGGGCCGAGACCUAUCCCAUCAUACCUUCUUUGAGAUGCUCGGCAAUUGGGCCUUUGGCGGGGAAUAUUUUAAGGAGGAGGCAUGCAGCAUGGCCUGGGAACUGCUGACUAAGGUCUAUGGGAUCCCAGAAAACAGGCUCUGGGUCUCCUACUUUGGUGGUGACCCUGAGGCAGGGCUGGAGCCGGACCUGGAGAGCAGAGACAUAUGGCUCAGCUUAGGGGUGCCCGCCAGCCGCGUGCUCUCCUUCGGGCCACAGGAGAACUUCUGGGAGAUGGGGGACACUGGCCCCUGUGGGCCUUGCACAGAGAUCCACUAUGAUCUGGCAGCUGGGGUGGGAGCCCCCCAGUUGGUGGAGCUUUGGAACCUCGUCUUCAUGCAGCAUAACAGAGAGGCCAACGGCAGCCUGCAGCCCCUGCCCCAGCGGCAUGUGGACACAGGAAUGGGCCUGGAGAGGCUGGUGGCCGUGCUACAGGGCCGGCACUCCACCUACGACACAGACCUCUUUUCCCCACUGCUCAAUGCCAUUCACCAGGGCUGUGGGGCACCCCCUUACCUGGGCCGGGUAGGGGAGGCAGAUGAGGGCCACACGGACACAGCCUACCGCGUGGUGGCUGACCACAUCCGCACGCUCAGCGUCUGCAUUGCCGAUGGCAUCUUUCCUGGGAUGUCAGGUGCCCCGCUGAUUCUUCGCCGGAUCCUCCGCCGAGCUGUGCGGUUCUCCACGGAGAUCUUAAGGGCACCCCCCGGCUUCCUAGGCAGUUUGGUGCCCGUAGUGGUGGAAACACUGGGAGACGCUUACCCUGAACUCCGGAAGAACUCAGCCCAGAUAGCUGAGCUGGUGUCAGAGGGCGAGGCGGCCUUCCUGGCCUCCCUGCAGCGGGGCCGCCGGGUCAUGGAGCAGACCCUGAGACGCCUGGGGCCUUCAGACACCUUCCCUGCUGAAGUGGCCUGGUCCUUGUCACUGGCUGGAAACCUGGGGCUCCCGUUGGAUCUGCUGGAGCUGAUGCUGCAAGAGAAGGGCGUGCAGCUGGACACUGCUGGGCUACAGCGGCUGGCAGAGGAAGAGGCCCGGCACCGGGCACAGCAGGUUGAGCCAGUUCCAGACCAGGGCCUGCGGCUUGACAUCCAUGCCCUGGGGGAGCUACAGCGCCGAGGGCUGCCCCCCACUGAUGACAGCCCCAAGUACAACUACUCCCUCCAACCCAGCGGUGACUAUGAGUUUGGCACCUGUGAGGCACAGGUUCUGCAGCUGUAUGCAGAAGAUGGGACAGCGGUGGCCUCCGUUGGGGAAGGCCAGCGCUGCGGCCUCCUCUUGGACAGAACCAACUUCUAUGCUGAACAGGGUGGGCAGGCCUCAGACCGUGGCUUCCUGGUAAAGGUGGGGCGGCAGGAUGUGCUGUUCCCAGUGGCUCGGGCUCAGGUCUGUGGCGGCUUCGUCCUGCAUGAGGUGAUGGCUCCCCAGUGCCUGCAGGUUGGGGACCAGGUGCAGCUACACGUGGAUAAGGCCUGGCGUCUGGGCUGCAUGGAGAAGCACACGGCCACCCACCUGCUGAGCUGGGCACUGCGGCAGACCUUGGGUCCCAGCACAGAGCAGCGGGGCUCCCAUCUCAACCCUGAGCGACUGCGCUUCGACGUGGCCACCCAGGCCCCACUGACUACAGAGCAGCUCCGGGCGGUGGAGGCCACUGUACAGGAGGCUGUGGAGCGGAAUGAGGCUGUGCAUAUGGAGGAGGUGGCCUUGGCACGCACUGCCUGUGUCCCUGGCCUGCGCUCCCUGGAUGAGGUAUACCCAGAUCCUGUGCGGGUUGUGUCCGUGGGGGUACCCGUGGCGCAGGCACUGGCACCGGCCUCUCAGGUGGCCCUGCAGACCUCCGUGGAGCUGUGCUGUGGCACACACCUACUGCGUACAGGGGCCGUGGGGGACCUGGUCAUUGUCGGAGAGCGCCAGCUCACCAAGGGCACCACCCGCCUGCUGGCUGUCACCGGGGAGCAGGCCCAGCAGGCCCGAGAAGUAGGGCAGAGCCUGGCCCAGGAGGUGGAAGCAGCCACGGAAAGGUUGAGUCGGGGCAGCCAGGGCAUUGCAGAGGCACAGCGGCUAUCCAAGGACAUAGGACGGCUCACUGACGCUGUGGAUACCGCCGUGAUGCCCCAGUGGCAGCGGCGACAGCUCCAGGCCACACUGAAGGGGCUGCAGCGGCGCGCCAAUACUGCCAUCCGCAAGCUAGAGAAGGGCCAGGCUUCAAAGAAAACCCAGGAGCUGCUCGAACGACACCCAGGGGCGCCCCUGAUUGUGGACACGGUCUCUGCUGAGUCCCUGUCUAUGCUGGUGAAGGUGGUACGGCAGCUGUGUGAGCAGGCCCCCAGUACAUCCGUGCUCCUGCUCAGCCCCCAGCCCGUGGGCAACGUACUUUGCGCCUGUCAGGUGGCCCAGGGUGCCACACCUGCCUUCACAGCAGAGGCCUGGGCGCUGGCCGUGUGCAGCCACAUGGGGGGCAAGGCCUGGGGCUCACAAGUGGUGGCCCAGGGCACAGGAAGCACAGCUAACCUGGAAGCUGCUCUCGACACAGCCCGAGCCUAUGCUCUCAACCAGCUCUGAGCCCUGGGAGGCCCUCCCAGCGACCCACAUGGAUUUUAGGCAAGAGCCAGCAGAACCUCCCCCAGAGGCAAUGCAGAGGGCUGGACACCACAGGUCAAGUGGCUGAGCCAAAGUCUUCCAGCACCAGGCCCUACAGGACAUAGAGACAGAGAUAGCCGGGGACACACGUAACACAUGUGGGAACGUGAAGAUAUGAGCCGUGUCAGCUGCAAGUGCUUACUACAAAGUCUGUUUGUGGGGCAUCGCAAGUAAAAUGUGGCGCUGGCAUCCCACAUGGGCACCAGUUCAAGUCCCAGCUGCUCCACAUCUGAUCCAGCUUCUUGCUAAUGUGCUUGGGAUGGUAACUAAGUACGGUCCCUGUAGCCACGUGGGAGACCCAGAAGAAGCUCCUGGCUUCGGUUCGGCCCAGCUCCAGCCAUUGCAGUCAUUUGGAAAAUGAGCCAAGAGAUCACUAUAUCUCCCUCUUUCUCUAUCUCUGACUUUGAAAUAAAUAUCUUUAAAAAAGAAAAAUCUUUGACAUUGGGGCUGCUGUUGUGGCAUAGCAAGUUAAGCUGUCGCCUGCAACACUGGAACAUCCCAUAUCAGAGCACUGAUUUCAGUCCCAGCUAUUCCACUCGUCGUCCAGCUCCCUGCUCAUAUGCCUGAGAAGGCAGCAGGAGAUGACCCCAGCACUUGGGCCUCUGCCACACAUGUGGGAGACCCAGAUGGAAUUCCUGGUUCCUGGCCUUGACCCGGACCAGCGCCAGCUGUUAUAGCUAUGUGGGAAGUGAACAAGCAGAUGGAAGACUCUCUGUAACUCUACCUUUCAAAUAAAUCUUUAAAAACAAAAGUCAUAUUUACCCUCAUUGGACAUUGCACAAUAUAUACAAAUAUCAACACAUUACCUGGUACUCCAUAAAUUUCUACAGUUUUUAUGUGCCUAUUAAAAACAGUGUAAGUGUCUCAGAAGACAGGUGAUCCCUUUUAGUUGGAAGAGAGCAGACUUCCUGCUCCCAGGAACCUGGGAUAGAUGCCCCAUCACUCAUCACUUUACAUGUCAGCGGUAUCUGUGGGCGUGCUCAGUACAGGAUGCAGCCUGGGCACACCUGUCUCCAGCAGAGGGCUGCCUGUGCACCAAGACCCGGAGCUGUCACGUGUGGUCAGGAUGGCCGGGCAAGCCUCUGUGGUCACUCCACAGCAGUAGCUUAUUGUCUUCGAGAACGCCUGUUGAUUUUGUGGAUCAGCAGAGUCACAGGUGCUGGACAGCUGCUGCAGGUGUGGCAGACACCGAGCAAACCACAGUUCCUGCCUGCGUGGCACUCCAUCCCAGCGGGCAGCAGGCUGAGAGAAAGUGUGUCCAACAGCAGGGAGGAGCUCCACAGAGGAAAAGCAAGAACAGGGAGCCCAAGGGGGCAGGUGGUACCUCCCCGAGGUGUGGCAUCUGAGCACAGAGUUGGGAAGUGAGCAAGUAGCCACUGCAGAGGCCUGCAGGUGCGGCAAGGAAGCCCGUGGCUCUGAGCUAGCAGCUGGUUUAGCAGCAGGUGGUAGGGUUAGAGAGCAGGGUUGGACCAACCAAGAUUUAUUUGAGGUAAUAGGCACAGAGAGAUCUUCCAUCGGCUGGUUCACUCCCCAAAUGGCUGCAAUGAUCAGUGUUCACUGUCCAGCAGUGAGGGACUUGGUGCACAGAGCCAACAAUCGUAGACACAGACUGCUCACUGAUAAUCAAUAGCUAAAGUUUAUUAACAGCAAAAGACUUUUUAAAACUG